AUGGUCAGUCCUGAACUGAACAAUGUUAUUGAAUGGAUCCCUAAAUUGUGGAAUCAUUUGAAUCAAUUUCUUGAGACCCAUUCAUCAUCUGAUGUGACCAUAGGUCCUCGACUGUUCUCUUCGUGUCCGAUGGAUGUGAAUGGAUCUGAGGUGUGGUUCACUGAUUUGUGGAAUUAUUCAAUAGUGCCAUAUGUUGUGGAGACCACUCGUGAGGGCAUUCAGAUGUACGGAAAGCGAACCCCAUUUACAGACCCAACCGAUUGGGUCAUUGAGACAUAU